GAUUCAGAGUUGCCUCCCCUCCUAAAGCAAAAUGGCUACCAUUCACAGCACAAGUAAAUUGUGAUCAUUCGGAAGAUGAGCAAACCCAGGAGGAGGGUGACAGUUGAUACCGGGAAGCCUGUCUCAGAGGAAUCAGAAAAGAGGAAGCCCAGCGUCUUUGAAAGACUGGGACCAGGUGGUGGACAGAGAAAAUAUGAGGAGAGAGGUGAAAAGUCUAAGAGCCAGAGUCAAAGUUUAUACCUUGAUAAGUGUCGACACUGGCUACUCACAGGAAAUUGUCCAUUUGGUGCCAAGUGCAAGUUUCAGCAUGGUCCCUUUAUAGCCAAGAGACCAACAAAGAAUCGUAGCGACGACGACGGAGCAGAAGAUUUGCGACUAAAAGUUAAAGGCAGCACAGAAAGACAUCACCCAGAGGGUUCCGUGUCACCUGAAUCCAGGUCAGGGUCAAGGUCACGGCACGAUAAAGAAACCAAAAUCAAAUCUACGGUUGUUGUUAAAAAUACAACUGGUGGAGAUAGCGGAGACGAGGAUUCUGAAAACUCCGACAACUGGGACGCUGAAGUAUUAGAUUACAAGAAAGAACUGGAACUUGAAAAGAAACGUCAAGAGAUUCAGCGAGCACUGAGCCAGUUAGCAGCAUCCGAGGGAGAAGAGAGGGAAAAUAUCACCAUCGAAAAGAAGGUGCCCUCCAAAGAGAAAAUAGCCAGGGAAUCUGUGAGUUUUACCCUUAAGAAGAACAGACCGCAACCUACAAAACCAUUUUCCAGUGACUACUCAGAUUCAGACAGCAGUCCAGAGAGAACCAAAGCUUUUCCCGAGAAGUCCCCAAAGAAGACAUCCCCUCCAAGUAAGAAGAAAGGUGACAAGAAGAAGCACAAGCAGAAGUCUCCCUUUGGUAAAGCUAAAGGUCCGCUGCGGACACCCAGCCCCUCUGAGAUGGGCAAACACAAGGAACAUAAGAAGAAGUAUGAUACAGAGGAUGAUUCACCUCACAAGACCAAGCACAAGAAGAUGAAGAAGAUGGAUAAAAAACUGGACAGAUCCCCGGAACCAGAUCUGCCAAAGUCCAAGAAAAAACACUCACCUCGGAUUGACAAAUUUCAUACUGAGAAGCCAUCAAAGGCUGAUAAAAGACUGUUGAGCCCAGAUUUAGGGUCACCAACUGGCAAACGGUCACAUAGGUCAUGGUCACCAACAUCAAGGUCAAGGUCUAGAUCCAUCACCCCCAUUCCACCAAAGAAGCAGAAGAACAUUUCUCCGGGACUGGUAAAAGAGAAGGUCAAAGGUGAAAAGGUCAAACAGAAGAAGAAGAAAGGCAAGGGUAAACUUGGCGGUGAUGGGUCUGCAGCCAGGGAAAGGCACAUUUCGCCAGUGAGAAUAAAGAAAAAGAAGAUAAAGGCGGAAUUACCUUUUCCGAUAAAGAGGGACAUUGAGGAGGAUCUGCCAGCACGCCACUCCGACUCUCCGGGGUCAGAGAACAUGCCCCCGAGGUCUGUGUCCCCGGGAUCCCCCCGCCGGAAGGAGCCCCUGGAGAGGGAGUUCUUCAAGGGGAUGCUGCAUGACAGGGAGGAGGAGAAGAGGGAGACGGGGAGCAGGAAGAACAAGAGAAAGAGGUCCGAGACUCCACCACAGCGUGAACGUAUUCCUCCAAGUAGGAGUGACCUUGGGGACAAAAGGAAAGGAGGUCAAAGUCAGGAGAGAAAGUUUUCUCGCAAGGAGCAAUAUAAUGCCGAUAUCGACCGACCAAAGCAUAGUGAUGAGCGUGGGAGACGAGCAUCACCAGAUUCAUUCCGAUCUGAAGACAGAUCACCCACACCAACACCUCCCAGUCGAAGAAACCACUCUCCCGAUGGAUCUCAAAGAUCAAGAUCAAGGAGAGGUCGUGAUGAGGACAUUGACGUGAAUCGAUCCAGGGACAGGCGGUCACCCGAUGAGCGAAGAAUGGGUAAAGAAUCACGUGACAGGCGAGAGGACCUUGACCCUAGAGGUCAAUCCAGAGAAAAUUAUCGGGAAAGAUACGAACAUGGGGAGGAACAUCGCCGAGAUCCAAGGGAGAGGUUUGAUGAAGGCUUUCCGGAGUUCUCUGAUCGGUACCAGGAUCGGUCCAGAUUCCAGGAGGACAGAGAACAGUUUGAUCCAAGAGAACGACACAGACAUGAACAAAGUUUUGAGCGAGGGAGAGAAAACAGGCGGGAGAGGUAUGAAGGAAGGGACAGAUUGGUGGCAGAUCAAGGCAGAAUGCAUCCAGGUCAAGGAAGGGACUAUUUUGGUGAUCGCCAUCAGCAGGGUAUGCAUGGUAUGGGCCGCGGUGCAGGCAGAGGGCGUGGCGCAUAUGAAGGAGGCAUGCGAGAGAGAAGCUAUGCACCAGACAGACAGGAGCAGAUGCGAGGGUACACUGCUGAGUUUGCUGAUCGACAGAGUCGUCGGUCUGAGUGGGAGGAUCGUCGCCGUGGGGAGGUGUUUGGGCAGGGUCGUGAAUGGGGGGAAAGACAUGACAUGUCGCAUGAGGAGAGGUUCGACAUGAGGAGAGAUGACCACAGAUUUGAUGAGAGAUAUUUCCGAAGAGAUGAUGAGCGUCAGAUUGGUCGAGAUGGAAGACCAUUGAGCCGAUCAAUAGACCGAAACAUGCGGGAUGGCUGGAGAGACAGACCUGAUAUGAGGGAAGACAGGGUUGGAUUGAGAGAUGAACGAAUGAGAGAGAACAGAAUGGAUGAUAGACGUCGCGAGAGACAUAGUCCAUCACCCUUUGAUAAACGUGGUUACCGGGACGAUAGGUUCCCCCAUGAUGAGAGGCUGUUUGGCCGUGAGGAUGACGACAGAAUGAGAGAAGAGAGAAUCCCAAUGGAGAGAGGACGAGAUGACAGGAUCCGAGAAGACAGAGGACCUGGUGAGAGGGACAGAGAUGUGCGUGGUGGGAUGGACAGAGGACGAGAUGACAGGGGAAUGAUGGAGAGAGACAGAGGCCCAAUGGACAGAGGGAGAGAUGGUUCUGUGGACGAGAGAGGCAGGGGGAACCGCGGGCGGGAUGACAGGGGACGCGAGGAUAGGAUGGGGAUGGACAGAGGGAGGGAGGAGAGAGGUCCUCUGGACAGGAUGAAAGAGGACCGUGGCUCUUUAGACAGAGGGGAGGACCGGGGAUUCAUGGAUGAACGGAGACGUGAAAGAGGAUUCAGGGAGGACCGGAAGGGUGAGAGAGGACCUAGAGAUGAGAGAGGGUUUAGGGAGGAGGAGGACAGAUUCAGAGAUGAUAGAGGAUUCAGAGAGGACAACAGAGGAGGUAAAUUUGAGAGAGACUUCAGGGAGGAGAGAGUAGGGAGAGAUGAGAGACACAGAGAUGAGAGAGAGUUCCGUGGAUCUCGUGGAGACCCGAGCCCUGAGGAUGAUAGAACGCCAGAUCAAAGGACCAGAGAGGAGAAGGAAGAUCAGGAGAAGGCAUCACGAGAUGGAAGUCAUGAGAGGCCGAGGAGCUCAAGCUCCAAAUCAGAACGGACUAAGGAUAAAAUCUCCAAAGAUGAUAGAAAUAGUGAUAAAAGUUCAAAAGACUCUAGAAUGUCUAAAGAUGAAAAGAGCUCCAAAGAUGAUCGCUCUAAGGAGAGGGGAGAACGGAGGAAGAGGGAAGAUCGGUCCCCCAGAAGGGAUGGGAAGAAGGAGGAGAAGGGGAAGUGGCCGCCGCCAGAGGGGGAAGAACAGGACAGUGAGGCGGAGAGCGGGGAAGACUUGAAGCAGGAGGAAACUCGAAGUAGAGACUCCAGGAAACGAGGCCCUGACAAGGAGGAACUGCCACUAUCUCCUAUCCCCAAGCGUCUGCGUGAGGUCUCUCCAGCUAGUUCAUCUCGCAGCCGAGGCAGUCACAACAGCAGGCGUCUUCCGGACCGAGAUCAACAGCGUUCCCGUCGCCGUGGUGACAGUGGAUCUGACAGGGAGGACAAGUCUGGCAGGAAGGGAAGUGUUGACCGGGACAAAAAGUCACGGAAAAAGGACACUACAUCUAUUGAUGCUCCAAGCAAGUCCGAAAAAAGUCGUAGCAUUAGUCCCAAACCUAGCAAGGAGAAGAAUGAAGACAAAGCAGACAAGGGGAAGGCCAGAAGGAGGUCGUUGUCGGGGUCGAGUUCCAAAUCUAAAGAAGGAGUAGCGCCUCCCGAGGCUGAGGAGAAGAAGCCACAGCCACCUCCUGCUGCUCCUCGGAAAGCUGAUGACAACUUGUAUGAUGAAGACAACAUUUCUGCAAUUGUCUCCCUUGGAGGGAAGUCUUCCCUUGCAGAUGAUGACAGAGCGUCGGACCAUGCGAGUAUCCGGUCGGUGCAGUUCAGCGACUGGUCGGAGGACGACAUGGCGGACAACAUCCUGAACCAGGCUGAGGUAGAGAUCGAGAGGGAGGAGCGCCGCCAGAGAAGUCCCAGUCGAAGCAGUCUUGGCAGUCGGGGAAGUGCCCUUGACAGGAAGAUACAUGUCAGCCAGGAUCACAUGUUGGAAGUCAUCAAAGAAAGAGUGCAUGGGGAGUCCGGCAGCAUGGUGUCCUGCGAGGGAGAGGAGGGUGGACCGGGCGUCGGGCAGGACAAGGACAGGCAGUUUGAGGAUGAGAUGGAUGCCCUGCCCGAGUAUGAGCAGAUCUCUUCAGAUGAAGAUGGCUUCAUGGAAGAUGACGGUGAAGUACAAUCAAGUAUUGUAAACAUCCUGGACAUCGACUGGUCCAGCCUCAAGGAUGCAGCCAAGCCCAAACCCAAGGGUUCUGCUCUCCAGCGGUUCAGCCCUGCCAGUAUAUUCAGCCAGAUUGGGGUCUCACGGGCCUAUGCUGGGGAUGAACUGUUUGAGAAGAUCAAGACUGUGUGUCAGAAACAGCUGGACGAGUCAGAGAAGACAGAAAAUGAUGGAGCCGAUGGUAACAAGGAGAAAACAUCCCAGAAGUUUGUUCUACAUGACUCAGUAGCAGCCUUCCAUUGUGCGGCUCUGCGUAAACUCCGGGAGCGAGCCAGUCUCCUGAAGAACAUUGGCUCCCAUCGCAGAGCACUAUGUGCACGCAAAGACCUGGAGAUCCGGAGGAGACUUUGUAAAGUUGAUAAGGUGUUUGACCAGAGUCCAGUGUACCCCAGCCAUGUGAUGGACACCGAUCUAUCCAAGCUGAGUGUCCAGCUGUUCCGCCAGGGCCGAGACAUCACGCCGGACAAGAAGGGGCCUGAAGCAGAGACACAAGCAGAGGUGUCAUGUCCAACAUAGAUGAGGCAGAGGCACAAACAGAGGUGUCAUGUCCAACAUAGCUGAGACAGAGACACAAACAGAGGUGUCAUGUCCAACAUAGAUGAGGCAGAGACACAAACAGAGGUGUCAUGUCCAACAUAGAUGAGGCAGAGACACAAACAGAGGUGUCAUGUCCAACAUGUUAUCAGGUGUUAUGAGGUGUUAUCAGGGUCAGAUAUUCAGUUGCUGGACCACGGAGGUCAGAUAUUUCAGUUGCUGGACCACAGUGGUCAGAUAUUUCAGUUGCUGGUCCACUGAGGUGAGAUUUAUCAGUUGCUGGUCCACAGAGGUCCUGUAUUUCUGUUGCUGGUUCACGGAGGUCAGAUAUUUCAGUUGCUUGCCAAUUGUGGUUUCCGAUACUUUAGUUGGUGAUUCAUGUGUUUUUUCGUUUUAUUUGCUGAUCCAUUGUGGGAUUAUAUAUUGAGUGGCUGAUCCUUUGGGGGCUAACUUGUGACUGGUUUUUUUUGUUCCACAAGAGUCAGAUUUUACAGUUGCUUAACCAUUUGGUCAGCUAUAUUUCAGUUAUGAAUCCAUCCUGGUCUCAGUUUUAUUUCAGUUGCUUAACCAUCUGGUAAGCUAUAUUUCAAUAACCAAUCCAUCGUUGUGUCAGCUAUAUUUCAGUUACUGAUUUAUCGUUGUCUCAGCUGUGUUUCAUUUGCUGAUCCUUGCGAUGUGUCAGCUAUAUUUCAGUUACUGAUUUAUCGUUGUCUCAGCUGUAUUUCAUUUGCUGAUCCUUUGUUGUGUUAUAUUUCAGUAACUUAUUCAUCGUUGUGUCAGCUGUAUUUCAUUUGCUGAUCCUUUGUUGUGUUAUAUUUCAGUAACUAAUUCAUCGUUGUGUCAGCUAUAUUUCAUUUGCUGAUCCUUUGGGGGGUCAGAUAUUUCAGUGUCUGAUCCAUUGUUGUGUCAGCUAUAUUUCAGUUGCUGAUGCAUUGGGGGUCAGAUAUUUCAGUGUCUGAUCCAUUGUGGGGUCAGAUAUUUCAGUGUCUGAUCCUUCGUUGUGUCAGCUAUAUUUCAUUUGCUGAUCCUUUGGGGGGUCAGAUAUUUCAGUGUCUGAUCCAUUGUGGGGUCAGAUAUUUCAGUUGCUGAUGCAUUGGGGGUCAGAUAUUUCAGUGUCUGAUCCAUUGUGGGGUCAGAUAUUUCAGUGUCUGAUCCUUCGUUGUGUCAGCUAUAUUUCAGUUACUGAUUCAUCAUUGUCUGAGCUAUAUUUCAUUUGCUGAUCCAUCGUUGUGUCAGCUAUAUUUCAGUGUCUGAUCCUUCGUUGUGUCAGCUGUAUUUCAGUUACUGAUUCAUCAUUGUGUCAGCUAUAUUUCAUUUGCUGAUCCUUAGUGGGGUCAGAUAUUUCAGUGUCUGAUCCAUUGUGGGGUCAGAUAUUUCAGUGUCUGAUCCAUUGUGGGGUCAGCUAUAUUUCAUUUGCUGAUUUCGUUGUGUCAGCUAUAUUUCAUUUGCUGAUUUCGUUGUGUCAGCUAUAUUUCAUUUGCUGAUUUCGUUGUGUCAGCUAUAUUUCGGUUGCUGAUCCAUUGUGGGGUCAGCAAUAUUUCAUUUGCUGAUUUCGUUGUGUCAGCUAUAUUUCAGUUGCUGAUCCAUUGUGGGAUCAGAUAUUUCAGUUGAUUUUCAUUUGUGGUGUAAUUUUCUCUGUGUGUUGCUGAUCUGGUGGAAGUAAAAUAUUUCUGUUAAUGGUCUAUUGUGUCAGAUGUUUUACCUUCUGUGGGAUCAGAGGUUAUUUCUAUUUCCGAUCCAGCAAGGCGUCCAUUACAAGAUGGAGAUUGCUCCUGUCUCCUAGGGCUCAGUCUGGUACAGGUUUACUGACAGUCUUAGCGUCUCCAGCUUGUGUGGUGGUCAUGUUAUCAGUCUAGGUCAUCUAACAGAUCAAUGUCAAUGUCAGCAUCGCUUGAAUGUGUUUAAUAAAAUAGUUUUGUAUUAUUCAAUUCUAAGCUAGAGCAUUAAACAGCCAUUGCGUGAGAUGAAAGCUUCAUCUUAAAUGUGUGUUUUGUAUUCUGAUCUUAUUGUGAUGGCUGGCUUUCAUGGAUGAAAUUAUCCUAGAUGUCAUGUUUGUAAGUAAAUACCAGAAAUACUCCUUGAGGGUUGUACAUAGUCAUUGUGAGAUCUCAGUUCCCGUAUCAUUGUAACAUAUCAUCAGUGUGAACGAGAACAUUCAUGGUUUAAACACCCAUUUAUUAUUCAUGCCAUGUAAAUUGCUUCUUUUCUCAAACCAUGAAAUGUACCAAUUGUUUGAUAUAGGCUGACUUCAUUUCUUAGUGCUCGAUAGUAUUUUUGCAGUAUUUGUGAGUGUCAUGCCUCAGAGUGUGUGGCAGGUGAUUGUGUAUAUCAGCCAGUAGCGGUGAACGUCUGAUUGGAAAUAUGUUCAUGGUAUCAUUUUAAUAAAAUGUAAAACUUUUA